AUGUCCGCUCUCGUUCCGAGUGAUGCAGUUGCCCUCCUGUAUCGCCGGUACCUGAAGGCGACGAACCGGAUCCCCAAUGUGACCAUCCGAAUGCUGCUGCUGCAGCAAAUCCGCUCCGGCUUCCGCCGCAACCGCAACAUUACAAGCGUCUCCGCGCAGCGCGAACUCAUUAAUCAAGCACACAAGGACUUGGCGGUGUUGGAGGAUGAUCGGCUGUCGCGAACCCUGUACAUCAAUCGGCUAGGGCUGGUCUCAUGCCUUGACUGGGAAGUGCGGAGAACGGAGUACAACUUCCGACCAGAGACGCAGUCUUACCUGGCCGUGUUUCUCAUAUGCGGAUUUUCGCUUCUUCUCAUUGUGUUCCUGCACACGGAGAGGCUGGAGACGAGCCGCCCUGAUAUUGCGCAGAUGGUGAACUACAUGGCCAUGCGUCUGGAGGCGGAGUCGCCGGAGCAGUUGAAGGAGGUGCGCGAACAGCAGAUUCGCAACUCGCUAGAGCAGCGCCAGCAUCAAAUAUCGCUGGAACAGCGCGUGUUGGCAACGUUUUACAACUCCCCGAAUACGCCCGCGCCGUCGCUUCGGAAUCCAGAGGGCUCACUGCGUUACGAGCGGCACAGCUGA